AUGGCAAGGUUGAAAAUAAUGCAAAUACUAAAGUCUAAACGGGCACAAAGGAAGAAAAAAGAAAAUUUCCUUCUUCCCGGUUUACAGGAAGAUUUCGCAUCUUUCGUCGCAACUGAUUCGGAUACGAACGAUGAAAGUGAUUCAGACAGCUCUACUAAUGGGAUUUCAUUCGAUACUAAUGAAAACAAUGCGACAUCUGAGACGUUUCUUGGCUUUCCUCCCGUAAAAGCUAAGUUAUUAAAUAAUGGUUAUUAUGAUGAUGGAGAUCCUUAUUUUUUAUGUGAUAAUUGUGGAGCAUAUAUAAGAUCAUCAGGAUCUUCUGGAGAUUUAAAACAUGAGAUUGUUGGACUAUUAAAAAAGAUGCUUGAUAGUCAUAAUCCGCAUGUUAAGGCGUUUAGAUCGGCACGUGAAAGAUUUAAUAUGGAAGAAGGUAGCAAAGGUUUGCGAUUAAUAUUACCUUCAGAAAGAAGUACUGAUGCAAGAACUCAUAAUCUUCUUACCAGUAAAGAGGUCACUACUUUAAUACCCGGAGAUUUUACGGCUGGUGUGAAUAAACGUGACAUUGUUAUAGAAAGUCGUUCGGGCAAUUUACAGAGAAUAAGUGAGCUUCAUACCGCGUACUUGCCUUUACAGUACCCAUUGUUGUUCCCUUAUGGUGAAGAUGGAUUCAGAUUAGGCAUCGAUAUAGGUUUCAUGGAUACCCGUGGACGUAAAAGGAAAACCGUUACCAUGAGAGAAUUUUAUGUGUAUAGAAUAUUUGAAAGAUAUGAAGAGUCUUCGACUAUUGAUAUGGCAGGCAAAUUAUUCCAGCAGUUUUUAGUCGAUGCAUUCACUACCAUCGAAUCGAACAGGUUGAACUACAUAUGGAUUAACCAAAGCAAACUCCGAACUGAAAGAGUCGAUAAAAUAAUUGAAGCUGCUGAAAAAGGACAUGAAGAUCUUGCACAACAUGGAAAAAGAAUAUUUAUUCCGUCAUCAUUUACGGGUGGAAAGAGAUAUAUGAUGCAACAUUAUCUUGACGCCAUGGCUACUUGCAAGUAUUUUGGAUUUUCUGAUCUUUUCAUAACUUUUACGUGCAACCCAAGGUGGCCUGAAAUAGAUCGUUUUCUAGCAAGGCAUCGUCUUAGUAAAGAAGAUAGACAUGAUAUAUGUAGUCGAGUUUUUAAGAUGAAACUUGAUAGAUUAAUGGACCAAGUGAGAAAGGAAAAAACUUUUGGUAUCGUAAAUUCUGACAAUAAGAUGCGUACAUCAGACGACAUUGAUAAAUACAUCAGCGCUGAGAUUCCUGAUAAAGAGGUGGAUAAGUAUUUAUACGAAGUUGUUUCUGAUGUGAUGAUCCAUGGUCCGUGUGAUCAUAUGAAUAGAGAUAGUGUCUGCAUGAAUAAUGGGCAAUGCACAAAAUUCUUCCCAAAACCAUUCAUGGAUAAUACUGUUGUCGACGAUGCUGGCUAUCCAAUAUAUAGACGACGGAACGAUGUGAGAAUCGUGGAGAAAAGAGGUUUUCAAUACGAUAAUAGUUACGUUAUUCCCUAUAAUCGUGAUUUAUCACUCCGUUUUCGUGCUCAUAUAAAUGUUGAGUGGUGCAACCAGACACGUUCAGUAAAGUAUUUGUCCAAGUACAUCACUAAAGGUCCGGACUAUGUUAGAGCCGAAGUAGGAGAAGAAGAUCAGGAAAAUGAAAUAAAAAAGUUUUUCAAUUGCAGGUAA